UGUUUUCAGAAUUCUUAAGAUGAUGCAAACCGUGGCUUCUCACAAGACUGAGAAUCGAAUGAGUUCUUCAGCUGUGGCAGCUUGCAUGGCACCCUUACUUCUUCGUCCCCUUCUAUCUGGUGAUUGUGAACUUGAAAAUGACUUUGAUGUGGGUGGUGAUGGUUCUAUGCAACUUCUGCAAGCAGCUGCGGCAGCUAAUCAUGCUCAAGCCAUUGUUAUAACUCUAUUAGAAGAGUAUGAGGACAUAUUUGGGGAAGGUUCCUUGUCCUCUGAACUAUACUCCGAGUCAGAAGACAGUGAAAGUGAUAGUGAGGAGUUAACUGAUGAUGAUGGAGAUGGAACAGAGGGCUCUGAUUCGGACAUAGAUGAAGAUUCUGAACAUGCAUCAGAUGAAACUAACAGCGAGACUGGAAAAAUUCAGGAUAAUGUUCUUGAUGAUGAUAAGGGUUCUAAUGGUCCUAGCUUGGGUUCCAAGUGCAAUCAAUCAGAUGAUGAUCGUAAAGCCAAUCAGAAAUCGUCAUCAAGCUCUCCUCAAAGUUCAUCAGCCCAACAUGAUAAUGUACAAAGAAGUGAGGAUUUUUCAAAUCAAAGUGACCUUAGUUCAGCAAUGCAGGCUAACCAGUCUGGUGAAAUUUUAGAAGAUAAUCCUGCAGAGACAAGUUCAGAACAUAAGUUAAUUGAUAACAGUCUAUCCUCGUGCAUUCAGAAUUCCACAUCCACAUUCAAUGAACCAGUGCCUGGUGCACAGAGGCCUUCUAUUUUGGGAUGCGCCCCUGCAAAGGAGAAGCCUUCCAUGGAAUCCGUUGAUCUUCCCUAUGAAGACGAGGCUGAGAUUGAAAGGCUUGAGAACAUCAAAAUUGACCUGCAAAACAGAAUUGCAGAAGAGGCUAAAGUGAAUGCACUUCUACAAGCAAGUCUGGAGACACGAAAGAAUGCUUUGCACGAGCGUCGUCUAGCUCUUGAACAAGAUGUGGCAAGACUACAGGAACAAUUGCAGAAAGAGAGAGAAUUAAGGGCAGGGUUGGAAGAUGGACUUAAAAUGCCUCAAGGGUCCUUACCUACCUCAACCACUAUUGGUGAAAAGACGAAAGCAGAGCUAGAGGAAAUUGCUCGAGUGGAGGGAGGUGCCAUGAAUGUGAAGCAGAAGACAGAUAACCCUGAAGUCCAACUUAAUCAACAACAUGAACAUGGUUUUGUGUAUGGUUCAUACAAUCAACCCCAACAGACUCCCAAUAAUCAAGUAAAACUGAAGGAGAAAGAGGACAUUGAAACUGCAGCUAGUUUACGUAUUCCUGAGAGGUCAACAAGAAACAAGGAUGCUCAAUGGGAUAAGGCAGACAGUGACAAAGAGAUGAAACCAGACAUUUCCAAUAAACAUUUACCUCAGAACCAGCAGUUGGAUACAGCACACAACUCCAAAUCUAUUGGGGUUCCACCAGCUACUAAAUCUGCCACAGAACUGGUAACAAGCAGGCCUGCCAAUUCAAAGAAGUCUGGUACACGGGGUGAGGGAGGUAAUUCUACAUCUUCUGCAAUGUCAAAGAUAACAAGCAGACUUAACUUCUUGAAGGAACGACGAUACCAGAUUGCAAAUGAGCUCCAAAAUUUGAACAAAGGACAGAGUUCAGGUCCACCUGGUAAAGGAUCAGAGUCGCGCCCAUCAGUCCAAAACCAAGACAAGUUUCAGUCAGUCAAUAACUUGGAAAAGGGCUUAGGAUGGGACAACCGGCAAAACGUAGACAUAGGGGUUACAACAGAGGGACGGUCAGUUGAAAAUGUGGAACAACUUGGGAAAUCAGAUGGUCGAUCGCUCCAAAACCUCCAUAAAGGAAGAUCAGAAGGGCAAUCAGUUGCAAACCUGGAAAAAGGAAAAUCAGAAAGUUUUCCUAAUGCAGACAAAGGACGAAGGUCUGAGGGCCGUCCUAUUGUUGCUCCAAGAACAUUUUCAAGAUGAUGUCGUCAGUCUUGUUUGCUCUUUCAGUGUUGUUUUUUCCUGCAUUAUCAAACAUCACUUAUCUCACUAACAAUUUUCUUGACAAGAAUCAGUGUGUCAAGAAGAUGACUGAGCUUUUGGAACGAACGAACCCUUCAAAAUUGACCUUAUGCCCAUGUCUUAAGGAAGCUGUUGCUGCUGAAGUUCAGACAUCCCCCAAGAGCCCAGGAUGUAAAUACCGUAUCAUUCAUAUCCUUGAUGGAAGUUCAUUUUUUGAUUUUUGGGUUCCACUUGUUCAGAGACAGAGUAGGGGGCUGGUUUGUAAUUACUAGGAUCUUGUAUGGGUAAAAGCAGUAUCUAAUUUAUUCAAGUUCCUUGCUGGCUGGCCUAAGUAAAGCUUUGUAGGUGGUGGUAUUGCAAUCCUGAUUUCAGGUCUGGAACUCCUUAACUUGAUUGGCAGAAGGAAAAUGUUUUAUGAAAGCUUCAAAAGUAAUAUGAAUUGGGGGAUGUUUUCAACAAUAUGAAUGUUUCUUCUUCUUCUACCUCUUUUUGUUUUUGGUUUCUUUGAGUGAUAUCUUAUUCAGGGUGAAAUCAAGAUCGAUCCAAUUUGGAAUCCA